AUGAGCAAAAAAAUUAAAAUUUCUUAACCUCUACCAAAAGUGAAUUGGAAGGAUAGUGAUAUGGAGGAGGAACUUACUAUCAAAAUACCUAAUGCCAACCUUAUUAGCAAAAUCAUUGACCCAAGAUCGAGUCCCUAGGAAUACUUUGUUCCAAUAAGAUUUCCAGCUCAAUAACACAUGAAAGAUGCUGAUGGCUUUUUCAUACCCUUGCCUAAAGAAGAUCCAAAAAAAAAAUUACAGCAAUAGCAUCAAUUCUAAAAUGAAAGAUACUAAAUUCAAUUACAAGACUUGAUAUCCAUUGAUGAUUUAGGUCAAGGCUCAAGCGGAAGAGUGAUCAAAGCAUUACAUAGACCAACCAAUUUACUUGUUGCCCUUAAAACAAUACAAGUAGUGAAUGACGAGAAGUUCACUAAAUAAAUCAAUUUGGAACUGGAAACUUUGGUCAGCUGCGAUCAUUCAAACAUUAUCAGAUGUUAUGGAGCUUUUCUAGAAGGAGCUUAAGUAGCCAUUGCCUUAGAAUUCAUGAAUCUAGGCACUUUGCAAGAUGUGAUUAAGAAGUCAGGAAAAAUCCCUGAAGGCAUGUUAGGAUUAAUUGCCUAUUAACUUCUUAAGGGUUUGGACUACUUGCAUCGAACAAAGAAAAUCAUCCAUAGAGACAUCAAGCCUUCCAACUUAUUGAUAAAUAGUGCAGGCGAAGUCAAGAUUUCCGACUUUGGCGUGAGUGGUUAAUUACUAAACACCUAAGAUCAGCGAAGUACUUGGGUUGGCACGGUGACUUAUAUGUCACCAGAAAGGUUUCUUUGUGAACCCUACUCUUCUAAUACUGAUGUCUGGUCUUUAGGACUUUCUUUACUUGAAUGUGCUUGGGGAGUCUUUCCUUAUCCUCAUCCUGGAACCAACGAAACAACUCCUUCCCUUGGGUUUUGGGAAAUCAAAGAAUACAUUGUUUCUAGACCUGCUCCACCAUCGCCUCCUGAAUUUUCAUAAAUGGGGGCUGAUUUCAUCGCCAUGUGUUUACAGAAGGAUCCAAGGAAGAGGAGGAGUGCUGCAGAAUUGCUGGAACACCCUUUUAUAAAACAAUAUGAAGAUGUGAGUCUGCAAUAUUUAGAAGGUUGGCUUAACAUUAAUUAAUGA